GCGGGGGGGGUGGGUACGGGCGGCGGGAGGAGAUGAGCUGGAGGAGCAGGAAGGAGAGGAAAUGCUUGGGCACAGACAUAAUGCGGCCCUCCCUGCAAUUUGCCGCUCCGCUCGGAUCGGGCCGGCUGCCAGCGCUGUGAGCCGGGCCGGGGUCCCGUAUCGCCGCCCAACGCCCGGAGCAGGAUCCCGCCCGGUCACCGGCGCUGCCCCGCUCCGUCCCGCUCCGAGGCCCCGCCCGGGAUGAACGGCGGAGGAGCCGCGGCCGUGCCGGGAUGCGCGGGCGGGGCCGGGCCGGGCCGGGGGGGCUGAGCUCGGCGCGGAGCCGUAUCCAGCGAGGGGCGGGAGCAGAGCCGGGCUGGCCCCGUGCCAUGCAGAGGAGGAGCAGCGAAUCCCCGGAGCACAUUAAAAAGCGAAGCUUAGCGGCAGCCAGGGGAAGAAAACACCUCCAUAGAAGGCAGCGGAGAGCGGCGGCUGCAGCAGCGCCCUCGAAGCCGCUCGGGGGGCCGCGGCGGCGGAUCCAAACUUUCCAGCGGCGGAUCGGGGCGGGGGGGGGUGGGCGGCUCGGCCGGGCCCGGCGGUGGAUGAGGCUUUUUGGGGCGCGUCGUUGAGCCGCAGCCGCCGCACGAUGCCCGGAGCCGCGCUGCCCAGCCUGCUGGCCUGGCUGGCGGUGCUGCUGCUCGGCAGGGCCCGCCCGACCGACGCGUGCAGCUGCUCGCCCAUCCACCCGCAGCAGGCCUUCUGCAACGCAGACGUAGUGAUCCGAGCAAAGGCCGUCUCUGCAAAGGAGGUGGAUUCGGGGAAUGACAUUUAUGGGAACCCCAUCAAGCGAAUCCAGUAUGAAGUGAAGCAGAUCAAGAUGUUUAAGGGCCCCGACCAGGACAUCGAAUUCAUCUACACGGCGCCAUCCACAGCAGUGUGUGGGCAGCCACUGGACACAGGAGGCAAGAAGGAGUACCUGAUUGCAGGCAAAUCGGAGGGCGAUGGCAAGAUGCACAUCACGCUGUGUGACCUGGUUGCCACCUGGGACUCACUGAGCCCUACCCAGAAGAAGAGCCUCAACCAGAGGUACCAGAUGGGCUGUGAGUGCAAGAUCUCACGCUGCCUCUCCAUCCCGUGCUUCGUCUCCUCCUCGGAUGAGUGCCUCUGGACAGACUGGGCGAUGGAGAAGAUCGUGGGCGGGCGGCAGGCCAAGCACUACGCCUGCAUCAAGAGGAGCGACGGCUCAUGCGCCUGGUACCGCGGCAUGGCCCCCCCCAAGCAGGAGUUUCUCGACAUCGAGGACCCCUAAGCCAACCGAGUGCAUUCCAGUAGCCAGUAGGAAAGCCCAGCGAGAUGUUAGACUGGUCCACGCUGACAUCGGGGCCUGGAGACAGCAUGAAAACCCACACAGCCCCGAGGGGCCGCAGGGCAUGGAGCUGCCGUGUGUGCAUGGGGCGGGGGGGGGGCUCACUGCAACCGUGCAUACCCUGCAAUACCUGCACCCUGCGACCCCAUUCCCUGCAGGCUGAAUGCUGAUGAGCUGCCCUCGGUCUGCAGGGGCACAGCUGCCAACUGGAGCUACCCAGCACCAGCACCGUGCCGUCCUCCAUCCCAUCCCUUGCUGUGGGGUGCCAGAAGGGUGCAGCUUGGCACCAGCUGCUCCCACCUGCAGGAGCCAUGGGGCUCUCACCCACUGUAGCCCUUAGGGGCCGAAUGGGGUUCACCCCUCGGAGGAGAGGGGGAUGGCUGCAGGACACCGACCCCACACCCCCCCUCUCUGAGCCAUUUCCCCAUACACACGGCCGGCCCCAGCUCGGGGUAUUUCAUGCUGUACAUCCCCAUAGGGUGACGAUGUGGCUCUGGACCAGUCUGGGCAACUUGAAGGUGUUAAAAGAAACAGUGAAAGAAAGGAAAGAAAAAAAAAAAACAAGAAAAAAAAGAAAAAAAAAGAAAAAAAACAACCCCAACCAACCCCACCCAGCCUCUAAUCAGUCCCAUAUAGGACUCCCGUUCGCUUCUGUAUGGUUAUAUCAUAUGUGCCAUUUACUCCUGUCUCUGCUGGUAGCCUGUCUCUGAGUUUAAUACCCCCCACUGUUCUGCCAUCAGCUCUAUCAUUCCCGUGCUGUGAUUAUUUUGUCGUUUGUUUGGUUUAUUGUUUAUUUUUGUCGGGGGUUUUUGGGUUUGAUUUCGGGGUUUUAUUUCCCCCUUUAGGCGUUAGAAUUGCACUUAUUUUUCUAAAGGGGCUCCACAGUGGGGCAAAAAGGGGGGGGUUGGGGGGGGGGGGGGAAUGAUGGAGGGGCUGUGGGGCAGCGCUGGGGCAGGCCCCAACCCCCGGCCCCCCCUAAAGCCCCCCCUUGGAGCCGCUUUAAUUUAUGGCCGUGGCUCUGCUUUGGGGUCAGCAGCUCGAUGUGGUGUUUAAAAAAAGGAGGGGAAAAAAAAGAGG